UCGAAUUGCUGCCAAAUGCAAACUAACCUAUCAAUCAGUCUGAAAUUUGUUGUGCCGUCGUUUGAUAGAUGGCAGCACACGAUGAUAACAUUAACUUUCCUCAGGAACGCCCUCUGUCGUCAAACACGGAUACUUAUUGAAUCGCCCUCGUAGAAUACAUCAAACAGUAAUUGCAGUAUUU